AUGUUGAAAUUAGCUGAUAUUACCGCAUUUUUUAAAUCCGAUGUCAAUUAUGACAUUAAAUCACUCGAUCCACAACCAUCAAAUUUUAUCGAAUAUGGUUGGGCUUGGAUUCUCCAAAGUUAUGGCGAAUUUGGUUUAUUCCUUAUUUUUUAUUUUAGUAUGGCUGUCUUAUAUGCCCUUGGUGGAUUUAUAUUUUAUCUCUUUGAUAAAUUUAAACUCUUCCCAAAAAAAAAAAUUCAAAUCACUAAAUACCCAUCAUCUCAAGAUAUCAAAAGAUGUAUUGAUAAUUUAGUUGUCAAUUAUCUUUUGGUUGUAUUACCAUUAGGUGUUGUAUCAUUCCCAUUCUCUAAAUUUUUAGGUAUGAAUUAUUCAUUACCAUUACCACCAGCUUGGAGAUUUUGUUUAGAUAUUUUCCUUUGUUUAAUUGGUGAAGAUUUCUUCCACUAUUGGAUGCACAGAUUCUUCCACACCCCAUGGUUCUACAAAAACAUUCAUAAAGAACAUCAUUAUUAUUCAGCACCAUUUGGUUUCACUGCCUCAUAUGCCCAUCCAGUAGAAGUUGUCUUUUUAGGUUUUGCAACAUUUGCACCAGCUUUAAUUAUUAGACCACACUUUAUUACAUUUUAUUCAUGGUUUGUUAUUCGUCAAUUAGAUGCUGUUUUAACUCACUCUGGUUAUGAUAUCGAUCUUUUCCCAUUCAACUUUAUGCCAUACUAUGGUGGCACAUCAUUCCACGAUUAUCAUCACAAAGAAUUCACAUGCAACUAUGGUUCAAGAUUCACUUAUUUAGAUAAAUUUUUAGGCACCUACAAAGAAAAAUCAAAAUCAACCCCAACCACCAACAAAAAAACUAAAUAG